AUGCCUACUUUCCUGAAGCACGACCGACAUGUGAAGGAUUCGCCCGGAAGUGCAAUAGACAGAGAACCGGAAGUGGAUCCAAGUCAGGAUUAUCAACUUCUCCUUGGAUACGAGAACAACACACAUACAGUGUUGAGGUUCAGGAGACGAUUGGAUACUUGCGACCAUCAUGAUAUUCCAAUAACGAAUGAUACCAUGCGCAUCAUAUGGGCAUUUCACAAGCACGAGCCUGUUGGGGGUGCUGUGGGCCCCAACUCGCUCCCGCAACACGAGAAUCCCAACAGGGGCAGCCAGUCGCUCUACCUCGUCCAAAGAGCCGACCAACUGGCUCCAGCACCGGAAGAGACCGCCAGAGUGUGGGAGCUCAGGAAUCCGACAGUUGAGCCUCCCGCUCCUGGAGAUAGCAUCCACUGGUGCAGGGUGUUCAGGAUUCCGACCAUCACUAGGAAGCAUCACCUGAUCAGAUAUGAACCCCUGCAAGGUAUCAACGGCGACACCGGACUCCAACACGUAGUCCUCUAUGAAUGCCAGGACAAUCCAGCAGUGGAAAAGAUAGCAGAAACCCCAGGACGCCCAUGCUUCGAAUCUCAAGCUCCGCCCCUAUCCUGCAACACCGUGGUCGCCAGCUGGGCACGAGGCUCCGAAGGCUUCAGCUUUCCUCCUGAAGCCGGGUACCCCCUGGACUCCCAGAACUCCAGGUUCUACCUCAUGGAGACCCACUACAGCAGCCCUUCCGACGGCAACGUGGCAGCGAUGGACGGAUCAGGUCUGAGGCUCUACUACACCCCAGAGCUGAGGAGGCACGACGCUGGGGUUAUCUCAAUCGGGAUGGACCCCAACUGGCGGCACAUCAUCCCUCCUGGACAGGACAGGGUGAUUUCUUCGGGCCACUGCGUGUCGGCUUGUACCAAGCAGGCUUUCGCACACGGCGGUAUCAACAUGUUCGCGGUGGUGAUGAAAACGCACAAGAUCGGGAAACAGGUGGCUCUGAAGCAUAUCCGCGGUAGUGUCGAACAACCGCCGAUCGCUAGUGAUGACAAUGUCGAUUCGGAUUAUCAGGAGUACAGGAAGUUGCAAGUGCCAGUGCGGAUUCUUCCUGGUGAUCAUCUGAUCACGCAGUGCACGUAUAAUAGUUCUGGUAGAACCGCUAUCACGCUGGGCGGGUUGAACAGUCGGGAGGAGACGUGUUUGGUGAUGGGGUUGUAUUAUCCCAGGCAGAAGGCUCUGGCAUCUUGUCAUAGCUUGCCGAGCUUGCCGACUGACACUGACAAAGACUCCCAUUACCCCAACAUAUCAAAGCCGUACGUGAAACAAGUGAUCGACCAGUGCAACUACCGACGCUACAGUACGGAAGGUUGGCCCGGGGGUACCCCAAUCAUCGAGCUCGAUGGCAAUCACAUAGAGGGCGCUGCGAGGAGCAAAGUCUCAAGGAGCAGUAGUCCCGCAGUGGAAGAGUCCCUGAGCCUAAGCAGGUAUAACUCUGCUGCUAGAUACACUUUGAAUCGUGUUGUUAUAGUGUUGUCGGUGUUUUUGGUGUGGUUCAACCGUUGA